AUGGCAUCUUCUGAGGUUCAGCGAUUUCUAGACGAAUAUUCUUCUUUGAAGUACGAUAAAGACAAGCAGAAAGUCACAUGUGGUCUCACCAAACAUGAAAUGCCAGCUACAGCAGCUGCUAUUGAAAGCUACGUGAAAGGGAGGAAAUUCAAAAAUGCCUUUAAAAAAGACAGUUACAACUAUGACCAACACAAACCACACAUUGUCGCCAGCAACAAGAAGCGACAUUUGCAUGAACUGUUCUGUUCCCUUACACUGAGGCACAUAGCCAGGACACCAGAAGCUGUAGAAAGGCACGUCAAAGGGAAAAGAUUCCGCAGAGCUCUAGCAAGAUGGCAGAGCUGCCAAGAAACAGGAGAAAGAUUUAUGCCGCGGGGUGGUCAGCGUAAUUCUAACAAGGCCACGGUGUCAGACAACGACAGCAUUGAUGGGGGUGAUGAUUUCUGGAUGAAUGACAGUGAUGAUGAAGUACCGAAUGAUGACAUGAGUGAUCUUUAUCCAGCACAUUUGAUGUUUAUGUUUUUUUCUCCCCCUCCUUUGACUACAGAUCUGAAUGUUCCUGGCAGUGAACCAGAAGGUGAUGUUGAUGAUGACAGAGGAAAAUCUGUCCCUACAAAGAAAUUAAAACCUGUCAAAGCAAAACAGGUAAAUGUUGAGGAUUCAGAUUCUGACUACGACAUGGCUGUUUUAGAUGAGGUCACCAUAGAAGUCAGUACACCACAAUUAGUGGUGCCUUCACAAAAUAAGAGGAAGAAGAAGAAGAAAAAGCAGAAGGAAACAUUACCUGCUGGUAGCAGUGAUGCGAAAAAGAAAAAGCUCAGUUAA